AUCAGGGAGGCGUUCCUAGGUGCGAAGGUGUCGCAGGUCAAGAGGGCUGAGGGAGGACCGAGGACGUUCGAGGAGAUCUACACGGAGGGGGUGGAAGCGAACGAGGUGACGAGGCGUAUCGAAGCCUUUGUCUUCUCGAAGUGCUCUGACGGCAUGCGGGCGGAUCAGUUCGCAUCGCGUGGCCCAGGAGAUGCGUCGGCAGCACCGCAGGGGCGGGCAGUUAAGUAUGCGAAGGCCGAGAACACGGUGGACUAUACGAAGAUUAACCUCCCUCUGCGCCUGGGGGCAAAGGGCGGACAUGGCCUGGGACCGCCCGACGCGUUCAAGCUGGCGGCAGCGUGCGUUACGAUGGCGGGCACUGCGGCCCCAGAGACCAAAGAGGUGCUGACAGACUACCUCAAUAAGUACAAGCCUGGCAGUCGGGGGGCUCAACAUGUCGUCGGUUUCUUUCGGACGGAGAAGAUGUUCGACAGCAAGAAGAAGAGGCUCAUGAUCGCGAUGAAAGAUGAGAAACUUGAGCGCGUUCUAUUGUGUGCUGUGGAAGCGGCGGAAAAGAAGGUGGCGUGGUCGGGCCCUCGCCCUGUUGGUCAUCUGGAGGUGGAGGGGCAGAAGAUCAUCGAGGCAAUGCCGGCGCAGUACUGGGUUGGAGAGUCUCCAGAGCACCCAAUGGAAAUGGAGUGAAUUGCAGGUGCGUGAGUGACAUGAGCGAGGCCAGCAGCGUGAGCUUCUCUUUUGCGUGCCUGUAAUUUUGCGCUCGUGAAUCUAGUGCCGCUGCAUAAGUUGCAUAGUGCGUUUUAUGCCUGCCCGUGGAAGUGAAAGGUCGGAGAUUUGUUGUUGGCAUUUAGCGGGCCAUUGAAUGUCUGGCCACCGCAUGCAUUUUUUAGUGCGACCUCGUCCCAGUUUCAAGGAAGUUGUUGCUCCUCUUAGUUUGGCGCAAAUGCGUGGAUCCUUCCUGCGGCCGUCUCGUCCCUUCUCCCUCCUCUCGCCCCUCCCGCUCCUUCUUGUUUUGUUUUCAGACCCCAUGCGUCUUCUCAUGCGCCGUGCUGUUUAGGGUUUCCAUGCUGCUGCGUUCAUGUCACGGUUUCACAGCUGCUCUUGAGACGCGAGGUCGUCGUUUUCGCCAGGGUUCCUGCAGGCAGGCUGCGAAUUGCAGCGCAUGUCCUAUUCGUUUAGUGCAUCGUUCGCAUCAGACUUCGCACUUGCCGCGCUUCUUGGUUUCCUCCCUGCCCUGUCUCCGCUUCGCGCUAGCCAGGAAUGUAGAGUGUAUCAUGUCCCGGCUCUUCAUGCUGCACACGUGUUUCGAGUGGUGUCGCGGGUUUAGCCUACCGUGGACGCAGCUCGGAGCACUGGGAGGUGUCCUGUUUGAGACGGCGUGGCCGGACCUUGGCAGGGGCCCGAGCGAGGGGCCGGCCUUUGCCAGAAGGUACGCCGCCCCUUCAGACGCCCUCCCAGAGCCCUCAUGGCAAGCUUUCCUCGGGAGCCUGGAGACUGGGGUCAGUGCAGACCGGGGUCAGCCAGAGCGCCGGAUCUUGCAGGGCCCUGCAGGGCCAGGGGCGCACUGACCCGGGCUUGGGUGCAGGAUCCUGCAGGAUCCUUCGCAUUGACCCGGAUUUGGG